GCUAUGGAGAGGUACACAGGUCGCGUUGCCCUGGUUACCGGAGCCAGCGCGGGCAUAGGCGCCGCCAUAACGCAAGCUCUGCUCCGGCAUGGCGUCACUGUGGUCGGCCUCGCAAGAAGAGUCGACAGGAUAAAGGCUCUGGAAAGUAAUGAUGCACCUGGGAAACUGUAUGCCUUAGAGGGUGAUGUAAGAAAUGAAGAACAGAUUCUCAGUGCUUUCAAAUGGAUAAAUGACCACCUUGGUGGAGUUGAUAUCCUGGUUAAUAAUGCUGGUGUUGCUCAAGAUUCAGACCUUACAGCUGCAUCAACAGAAGAGUGGAGAAAAACUUUUGAAAUUAAUGUCCUUGGACUAAGCAUUUGUACAAGGGAGGCUGUACAAGGAAUGUUGCAGAGGGGUGUCAAUGAUGGUUUCAUUAUAAACAUAAGUAGCACUGCUGGUCUUCGUUCACCAUCUACUCCAAGUCUUUGCAUGUAUAGUGCAAGUAAACAUGCUGUUCAGGUGCUCACUGAAGGCCUCAGAAAAGACUUGGCUGAGAAAAAAUCUGGAAUCAGAGUCACGUCAAUAUGUCCUGGAUUAGUGAAAACUGAAAUAAUGGAUAACCUGAAGAUACUUGACAAGAAAAAUAUUUAUUCCAAACUUUCCUAUCUUCAACCAGAACAUAUUGCAGAUGCUGUUGUGUAUGUACUCUCACAGCCUGCUAUUUUAGAGGCACUGGAAAUGAGGGAUGCUCCAGGCAAGCUGCAUGCUGUACAAUGUGAUGUGAGGAAUGAAGAGCAAAUUGUCAAUGCAUUCAAGUGGAUAAAUGAAAAUGUUGGAGGUGUUGAUAUUCUGAUCAAUAAUGCUGGUGUACCAGGUCAUUCAGACAUUACUGAGGCACCAACAGAGGAGUGGAGGAAAAUUCUAGAAAUUAAUGUUCUUGGACUUAGCAUCUGCACAAGAGAGGCUGUACAAAGCAUGUUACAGAGAAGAGUAAAUGAUGGUUUUAUUAUCCAUAUUAGCAGUAUUUCUGGCAUUUAUCCCCCAAGAGCCUCAAAUUUUAGCAUGUAUGGGGCAAGCAAACAUGCAGUUCAGGUACUGACAGAGGGCUUAUUAAAGGAUUUAGCUAAAAGAAACUCUGGAAUCAGAGUUACGUCAAUAUGCCCUGGGUUAGUAAAAACUGAGAUCAUGGAUAACAUGAAACAUGUAGACAAAGAAAAGGUCUACUCACAGCUACCACAUCUGCAACCAGAACAUGUUGCUAAUGUUGUUGUGUUUGUUUUAUCACAGCCGCCAGUUGUCCAGGUGCCUUUACUUGUAAUACAGCCUGUUGGACAGAGGAGUAUUACUGAAGUGAAGUAAACAGCUGAUCAACAUCAAAAAACUGCAGAUAUUAGGAACCAGCUAGUGGUGACCAUAUGAUGUAAUAUUUAGCAUAGAAGUUCCGAUGUCAGCAAAGUUAAGUGUUAAGAUAAUAACAAAUGCAAAAAAUUAGCAACAUAUUUUGAAUAGCUGUAGCUGUAAUUGGUUGUUACAUUCAUUUCCCUUGAUGCUAACGACUCUUCCACAUACUGCAGGUAAAUGCAAUGCUUUAUGUAUUUAGUCAAUUGUUCAUGUAUUUGCAAAGUAUGUGUUGCAUAAGAACGUGGUUCCCAUCCAUCCCAAAUUUUUUGGGACAGCCCCAAUUUUUAAUAAAAUAUCUGUGUGUCCUCAAAGCCCCCUCAGGGACAAUGAAAUGUCAAAUAUCAUCUUAUUUGAUGUUUUAUUUCUAUACUAAUCACCUGUGCUAAUAAAAUGCUUAGUUUUCUUGAA